CAUGGCAAGGCAUUUGGAUCUAUUAAAUGUUAUCAAUCCCCAUCCCUAGCCACAAGGGGAAACAAUCAUGUUUUUGUAGUCCUGCUGCUACAUGAAUUCAGCCGUAAACGUUGUCCCUUCCUUUCUGAACAGAAUGGAUUUUGCCAUGUGAACGCGUCCCAGCUGACUGCACAAAUCAAGAGCUACACCAACGUCACAUCAGGAGACGCAGAGGCCCUGAAGCUGGCGCUCUUUAAAAACGGGCCGGUGGCUGUCAGCAUCGAUGCCGGGCACCGAUCGUUUGUGUUCUACAGCCACGGCGUCUACUAUGAACCGGCGUGUGGUAAUACCACUGCAGAUUUGGAUCAUGCCGUGCUGGCAGUGGGUUACGGCACCCUGAACCAGGAGCCUUACUGGUUGGUAAAGAACUCAUGGUCCACUUACUGGGGCAAUGACGGCUACAUCCUCAUGUCUAUGAAGGAUAACAACUGCGGGGUCACCACUGAUGCUACAUAUGUCACACUGGCAUAGAUUUGCACAUUUCCAUUAUUUUUGAUUAUGUGUUGAAGCCACUAUGUGAGUGCCUGAGUAUGAAAGCUGCCUGAUAUCAGACGUGUUGAGGCGCUGUGAUCACUUCACAAGGAGCUGCUUAGUGAUCAUUACAUUACAUUACAUUGCAUUUAGCUGACGCUUUUAUCCAAAGCGACUUACAAUAAGUACAUUCAACCAGGUAGAUACAACCUUGAAGAAAACAGAAUCAUAUAAGUACAUCAGGUUUCAUAGAGCCAAACAUUUCCAGUGCUACUCAACUGGCUUUAGAUAAGCCAGCCCUUUAUUAGUAUAUAAGUGCUCUGUUAGCAGUUCUUUGUUAGUAAUUCUAUCGCUCGAAGUGGAGUCGAAAGAGAUGAGUUUUCAGUUUGCGCCGGAAGAUGUGCAAGCUAUCUGCUGUCCUGAUUUCAAUGGGGAGCUCAUUCCACCAUUUUGAUCAUUAUGUGUUGCUGUUGAAUAACAGGGUGAAAUAAGAGGCUUAUACACAGUUUUUAACAAGUGUAUUGCUGGUGCCACAAAUCUGCAGUGCCUUCAAUUCAGUUGUACAAAGUACAUUUUUUCACAUUUAA